CAGCUGUAUAAAACCAAGGGUGGAGGUCUCAUCACCAUUCAACUAGAGAAGGACUGAUGCAGCCUGCAAGACAAUUCCAGGCGGGAAGGAUUACAAUGCAAAUGGGAAGCUAGCAGUUGCAACAUUUGACAGAUGUCUGCAAGUCGUUGUUCUUUCAUUGGUAUCAAUAUAUAUUUUGAUAUCAACUUUCUAUAUACCAUUUGUUUUGUUUAGAUAGCUAAACUGUUAAUUGAGAACAGAUGUUGCUAUAUAUUUCCAGAUAACAUGCUGGAUAUUUACUUUCAAAUCAACAAUUUUACAUCCAACAUUAUAAUUGGGUCGUUUCUGCAAUGAAUGAAAAUGAAGAAGAAACGGACAGAAAUACUUUCCUCUCCCAAAAUAUUUCACUAGAUUGAUUGAAAUGAAUUAAGAAACAUUUGGAGACUUGGCGAUAUAAGAACUGACCACACUGUUUCAAGUGAUAAAUCAGUGAUGGAGAAAAACACCACAGGUCACCUCGAGCCAACUCCUGCAUUAUAUGGACUAAUAAUGAAUUUCACCAACGAUACCUAUGUGACAAAAUCUUCAGAGCUGAAGGAAAAUGAAGAGAGUCUAGCUUAUCAAACCAGUUUGGCAGUGAUUCUCUUCGUUUUCACACUCGCCACUACUUUAUCCAACGCAUUUGUCAUUGCAACGAUUUAUCAGUCGAAAAAACUGCACACUCCAGCAAACUUUCUUAUAGCGUCUCUAGCUGUCACCGACCUCUUGGUGUCCAUUUUGGUGAUGCCAAUAUGCGUAUUGUACACGGUGAGUCACACCUGGACAUUGGGACAAGUUAUAUGUGACAUUUGGUUAUCCUCAGAUAUAACAUGUUGCACUGCUUCUAUCCUUCACUUAUGCGUAAUCGCUUUGGAUCGAUACUGGGCAAUAACAGACGCCGUUGAGUAUUCCAAAAAGCGCACGCCAGCGCGCGCGGCGGGGAUGAUCGCAACUGCCUGGGUCAUCGCAAUCUGCAUCUCUCUACCUCCGCUUUUCUGGCGCCAGGUGAAGGCAGAGGAGUUGACUGAAUGUAAUGUCAACACGGACCACAUUUUCUACACUAUUUACUCCACGUUUGGAGCAUUCUACAUCCCCACUUUGCUGCUUAUCGUGCUUUAUGGAAGAAUAUAUGUGGAAGCCCGUAAGAUCAUUUUGAAACAGUCACCCAAAAAGGUAGGAAAGAGACUUACUUCAGCGCGCCUGGUCACGAACUCCCCUGGAUCUGUGGCAUCGACAUCACCUUUGCAGUGUGGAAGACAUGAUACCCACUCCGGUGACACGGGUUCCUCCGCAAGUGAGAACCAAGUGAAAGUAACCGUGUCUGACGCACUUUUGGAGAAAAAAAGAAUCUCAGCCGCUAGGGAAAGGAAAGCGACCAAAACAUUGGGAAUAAUUUUAGGCGCAUACAUUAUAUGCUGGUUACCCUUUUUCAUUUACACCCUGGUGGUGGCCACCUGUGAAACUUGUUUUUACCCCGAGUUGUUUGACUUUUUCAAUUGGCUUGGUUAUCUCAACUCGUUAAUCAAUCCAAUUAUAUAUACCAUGUCCAAUGACGACUUUAAAAAAGCUUUCCAUAAACUCUUGUGCUUCAGAUGUUGCAGAUCCUGAAAAGAUGUAUUCUGUGCCCUAUUUUGUUUGCAUUAUUGUUCUAUAGAAUACAAAAAAAAUAUUGAACACCUUUAUCAUACCAGUAUCUCUGCACAUAGUAAAUAUGGUACUGGAACUGACCCUGUAUAUAGCUCACUUACUUCUCGGGCUCUUCUUAUUUCUAUUUCUGGGGUGUUUUUGUUCUACCUUAUAUUGAUAUUGAUACAUGCAUUGUUGGGUUUAAAGCUUGCGAUAAGCUUUUGCAUAAUGAUGACCUUUUGGGGACCUAAAUUUUUACGAACUCGCCAACGUUGCGCAAUCCUCAAAUGCAGGUUUAAUAUGUAAAACAGCUAUACUUGAUACGAUUAUAAUAAAUUGUGAACACAACUGAACAAAAUCACAGUUGGAAAAUUCAAAUUUGUUGUUUGUGUUUUGCAAGGGCUCCAAUUUGGGGAAUAUGUUGGCGCAUUGCGCGUUAUUCCCAGGGUGACUGACCCUAAUGCAUUUCAUAUCCGCUGCACCAUUAGUAGGCCGUAGAGCUCUCCAAACCAGACUGGGAUAAAAGCAUUAUUUCUGUACAUUGGCUAGCUAUGAGAUUGUGUUUUUUGUUUUUGUUUUGCAUACACGUGUGUACAUAGGCCGAAUUAUAAUUUAGUUUUCUUUGUAAAACUCUCACAUGGAAAUAAGGGAUGUUACUGUAUUUAUUCUAUCAGGAUAAGUGAUGGAAAGGAUUAUGAUACGAUCAAACUGUAUUGGUUGACUAUUGGUUCACUAUUAGCAUGUUAAAGAACAGUGGUUCCCAAACACAUACCCUCUCUAGCACUAGCGUCAGCUCACUCUCAAAUGUAGUUUUUUUUGCCAUAAUUGUAAGCCUGCCAAAGACACAUAACGAGAUACAUUUAUUAGACAUAAGAAUGAGUGUGAGUUUUUGUUACAGUGGGAAGUGACGAAGAGCUCUUAUUGGACCAGGCCACAAAUAAUAAUAUAAUAAUAAUCAAUCAUUUAGCUCUUUAUUUAACCAUCUUACAUAUAAAACCUAAUUUAUUAAUCGAAAAUUGUGAAUA